AUGAAUCGUUUAAUUAAAGAAAAUAAUAUGGUUAAUAAAACCAUAAAAAGUUAUCUUUGCUUUUCAAAUAAUAAUGUAGCCAAUAAAUCAAUACAAAGAACUUAUACAACAUAUAACUUUAGGACCUAUCCAUUUUAUCAUGAAACCAAAGCUUCUAAUGAUUUAUUAAAUCAAAAGAAAAUGAAAUAUCAAGUUGCAUCUUCUCUUAGUAAUAAUGGUGAUGGUUAUAAAGGUAAAUCCGAUUACUACAGAUAUAGAAUGUAUCACAAUAAGAAUGAAUGGAAGCAUCAUGAUAGUUUUGAUAAUAAACCAAUCUUUCCACAUAUUACUAAACACAAUAACCAAAUGAAAACUGUUGGUGAACUAAAAGAAGAUUAUAGAAGAUUGGUUGAAGAAAGUAAGAGAACUGCUCCAAAAUUUGAACAUAUUAAAGGCCAAGAGAAAAUGAAAGAUUUCUCUUUAGGUGUUGAUUAG